CAUAUUUUAACAAACUUUUUGGUCCAUAUUGAGGGUACCAUACCACCUUAAGCCCAGUGGCUUAUGGGGUCUUGCAAAAACGUAAUAAAAUCCCAUCAUUCCCCGCGCCUGGCAAUGUUUGUGUUAAAGUGUGGAGUGAGGAUAAGUGAAAUGAAACUGGAAUGGAGCAAACACUUAACACGUGUUUUGUGCCCUUCCGCGGUUUUCUUAAUUAAUUAGGUCAGUGCUCCGGCAUGCCUGAUAUCUGGGCACUAGAUCAAAGAAUCGGAGCGUGCAAUAUUGCAUGAAAACAGCACACUGCCCGAGCCGUAAGAGAUUAAUUAACGCGCCAGUUAGAGCAAAAUUGUUCCUAACCACAAGAAAAAGCGAAAUCAUAAUUAAGGAGAGCGUCGUUCUCAGUUUUCGACACAUGGUGACCUCAAUUUGCGUUAUAAUUAGGCAGGUUGAGGGAUUUUCCUAUUUCAGGUGACAAACAAAUUUCAGUACAAUGAUGACAGGGCAAAUAUUUCUUGCCCCUUUAUCUUCACUUUACCUGAUCGCUUACCUUCUGUCAUCGGUUAGUAUCGUUUUGGCUCAAGGCAAACAUCACGCAGAAGUAGAUAACAACUCGUAAAAUGCCCAAAGGGGAGGUUUGUGGGACGCUUUAGUAAACAUUUCCCGCAGCGAAAAUAAACAAUCUGGAGUACUUAGAACUGAUAAUCAACAAAGCUUUAUCCCAAUUUCCAACAAAAUACAAGAUUUAAGAUUUACUACACACUUAAAUCCCCUCAUUUGUGUUCAUCACUGUCACUAUCGCAGGGAUCUCGGCGAAGCACGCUACCAGUUACGCCCCAGCAUUUUUCGCGCCGUAUUCCAGAACAAGAGAUCAAAUCGCCGCACUAUGUUGGGUUUUUACAUUCCGCACUGUUUCAAACUGCGAUCGAGGCAAGCCUCGCGCGCGAAACAACAAACUCUGCCAUGUUUUAUAUUCAAACAAUCAAUUCGCCUGUACCGCAUGCGACGCGUGGACGACAAAAUACGUCAGUAAGGCGAUUGGAUUACGCUGAGAAAGAAUGAAACUCAAAGAGAGCUGAAGUCAUGAGCGGUUUCAAGUCAUCUCUGCUGUGCAAUAGCGUAAAUAUUUCAAGGUUUUAGCCUUAUAGGAAAGUUAUCCGAUAAGCAGUUUUCACGGGACAGAAGCCUUUUAUGGUUAUGAGAGAUUCAAAGACAGGAAGCAAUUAAUUGUACCGAAGACAAACCGUUCACAAUCCGGAUACCAAGCUCCGUAACAAGACUAACCUGUCCAUCUUGGCUGUCAGCAUCGAGCAAUUAACGAAACAAUCUUUCAGAAUUCCACCAUAUAUUUCCUUUUUUCAGUCAGCCUGCUGAGUAAGUCGCCACGCGAAGAAAAGCAGGGCCGGUGAACAAAGUGCAACACUGAAGCUAGGAGACAAACGAAGGCUACAUUGUCCGGCGAACGCGAGAAAACAAAACCAGUUCUUUUCAGAAGCUGUAAUUAAGUGAGUGCAAGUUGGAACAGCCAGGCUAAGAUCAUGAGAAGACGGAGGCCACAUCAGAUUACGGUGAAGCCACCGAAGGCCUACAUACUCGGCAAGGAAGGUGUCGGAAAGUCAGCUCUCAUUGUCCGCUUUAUGACCAGGCGGUUUAUUGGGGAAUACGCUCGAGCUCUUGAGGGAACUUACAGAUCUCACGUUGAAAUGGAAAAUGAGGAAGUAGAACUGGAGAUCGCAGAUACUGCAGGAGAGAACACAGCCGAGAAGUUGAGCCUAAUAUGUCGUCAAGGUGAUAUUUUCUUCAUCUUGUAUUCUAUCACGGAUCGUGCAAGCUUUGAGGAAGCAAAACGCAUUGGACGUUUUAUAAAGGACAGUCCAAACGGGGAUUCAGUUGCCAUGGUGAUUGUUGCAAACAAGUGUGACCUGGAACAUUUUCGGCGAGUGAAGUUUGAAGAAGGAAAUGAUCUGUCCACUGAACUUAACUGUGCUUUUCACGAAGUUACAACGUCGGAAGAUAAUAAACAAGUAAGAGAAGUUGUGCAAAGUUCCGUGUCUAGCUAUCUUCGCCAUCGUGAAAAGAUGAAGGAGUCUGGAAACUUGAAAGUACCUUCAUUUGUUAAAAGGACUCCUUCGUUUGAGAAAAGUGACAAGAAAAAACGAUCAAGUCGAAAUUCUCAGGAGAGCUUGAAGACUCCAUCGAGACCAUUUGAAAUUCAUCCGCGGAUGAGGCGAAAAGAGGAAGGAGAUGGAUCUGAUGACAAAACUAAUAACAACAACAAUAACAGUCGUGUGUCUUAUGUUUACCGUAAACAAAAUGAAAACAGUAAUGACACGUCUUCGUCGUCCAAACGCAUGAAUGGUGACGUAGGUAAGAACCGUACACACGGCCCGUUUAACGUGGAAAAAGUCAAAACUGCGUCUCAGUCCAGGGACAGACAGAAGCUUCCAUCGCCAACUGGAAAGGCGGCUGAGUCUUGUAAUGACGAGAAACCGAAAAUGCCAUUUACGGUUCACAAGGUGAAGGGAUCGUCUGCCAGCGAAUGGAUGCGACCUCUACCUGUAGACAAGAUACGAGCGCCCACAUCGCGGUACCCGACUGAACAGUCGGUUUCCGAAGAGAAGCCGAAGCAUUCAUCCAAAGGACCGUUUUCAUUGGACAGACUUCGGAGUCAGUCGACUGAAAAGCUUCGGGCAUCUUCGUCAAAUGAUCGGUCGACGAAAUCCACUUCGUCGUUCACUCGGAUGAAAGAUGGACUCAUUGGCAGGACCAAAGCCCUGCGAAGAAAACCAAUUUAUCUAUAAGAUUUUGUUGCUUUGGUAAAGAUUUCACAUUGAAAAAUUAAAGUUUUAGAGUCGGUAUUUUACUAAAUAUGUCAGAAAGAUGCAUUAUUAAGUCGCUGUCGUGGUGAGUCGCCCGUGUCUCUUGCAUUGUCAAUCUCGCGGUAAGUUGCACUAUUCUGCCCUCCUGCUAUACCAUAGAGUUAAGUGGUUUAAAAACAGCGGACGACUGAAUUUACACUUCCGUGUGGCUGUCAUUUUAAAUUUUCCGGGCCAAACCUAACAAUGCCUGAUGCACUCGUGUGGGAGAGAUUCCUGAAGUGCAUGUUAUUGAGCUUUGUUUCAGAGCAUUUAUUUUGUUUAGUUCCCUCAAAGAGGGUCGUAGUUAGUAACGAAAGUUCUCAGUGCAUAUGUGUUAUAGCAUAAUGUAUGUGCCUUACUGAUUUAGGCCCGGUUCAAAAGUCGACUUUUGCAUGUGCCGAACCUUAUGUCGACUCAAAUACAUAUAAAUGGGUAUUACUCGCACAUGCUAAGUUCGACGUUUGAAUCGGGCCUAAGUUUCAUAUUAUGUUAGCAGUACGGAAAAGAGGGAGGGAGGGGAAAUAAGAACUGGUCCUUCUGAAUUAAAUUAAUAUAUUAGACGGAAAAUUCUCUUUACAGAUUCAUUUAUUCAUUAGCUCAACAUUAUAUUCAGAUAAUUUGCACCUUAAAAUAGAGAAGAAAGUAAGAAAAUAACGGCUCGGUGUUCUUGGCAACUGAAAAACAAUGUUUAACAACAAGUAGAGAUGUUUACUAAUCUGCUACAAUAAUAUGGUAUGUAAUGGCGAUAAUAAAAUACGUUGAAAGAAAACCGGGCUGUUUCUUUGUUUUUAUUUUUUGGCGUACAUUGGUAGCGUGGACGUUAUUGGGGAGGAGGGCGUAGAGAGAAGGGUUAAGGUUGACCAAUAUAAUUGACAUCUUGUCAGACUACCUGUAGCCGCACUUCCACUAACGACCACCUCUACCGUGGCCACUGUUUUUGAGUUUCGGCGGACGGUCCAUACAUUUACUUUUAUUUUAGCCUCUCCACAACGGCAACAUCCACCUAAGCGCGUCCCAAAAGCCAAAAUAACCUCUCGAAAACGGCCAGUUAAUCAACGACUGACGAUCGGUGUAUACAUAAAUUUAUCUCAUUUUUUAUUGUAAAAGAUCACGAAACUUGACCCGUAACGCGCCUCGUUAGUCUCUGUUUCCGGCGUUCAGCUGGUUAAGGCGCAGCGCGUAAAAAUGGCGGAGCUACAUAAAGGAGAUAGGCUUUGCGCGGCGCUUCAGUCCCCUACAGUGUUUUUCCAUGCGCAAUUUUUCUCGCUUCGUAUCAAGUAACUAACUGAACGCCUGGAAGAGGCUUUAUUGAUAUAUUGGGAUGAUGUUACGUACGUAUUAAAUUUACAUGCUACAAUGGGCAAUAUAAAUGUUGCCCCUUUGAAAAAAAACAGGUGUCAUAUUAAAUCCCUACCUCCCCAUAACGGCCACCUCUCCUCAACGGCCACUCAGUUUCCUCCUUCCCCAAAGAGGUCGCUGUGGAGUCAGUUCGACUGUAAAUUUUGCCUGUGUAACCAUAGUUAUGAGCGGCUUUGACAUUAGAACUUUUUUGGAAAGAUAUACGGCCACAGCGUCUGUGUCCCUUAUACUCCCUUGCCAGGCGUGGUCAAUCAAUAAACCGAUAAUCGAUAUUAAUCGAUUGCCCAUAGUAGUCGAUAAAAAUCGAUGAAGAAAAAAGUUGUGAGUUAUCGAUUG